GGCKCUGCACCCUAUCUCCGGUUGAUCCGAUUCCAGGGUGGGCGAGCCGUCAAGAAGGAAAGAGAACCCUCCCCACGGCCCCCGCCGGCAUCUCCGGAGCUGCUUACGUUACCGACCACCUCCACAACCCGGUUCGGGAAUAUUAACCCGACCCCCUUUCGAUGUGCGGCGCGCAGUGCGCCCUUGAUACAAGGUUUCCACAUCUCUUAGGGCCGACUUACCCAUGUCCAAGCGCUGUUCACAUGGAAMCCUUCUCCACUUCGGUCUUCAAAGUUCUCAUUUGAAUAUUUGCUACUACCACCAAGAUCUGCACCGGGACCCGCUUCACCUAGGCUCACGCUCCAGGCUUCGCAGCAGGCCCCGCGCCCUCCUACUCGUCGCGGCGUCAGAAUCGCCGCGACGCCCCAGCAUAGGUCGCGCGCUUCAGCGCCAUCCAUUUUCGGGGCUGAUUGCUUCGGCAGCGUUGACGGUCGUCUUAGGGUUACGCGACGCGCGACGGCGUGAGGCGAAGGUGGAGACGAGUGGGUCGGCGACAUCACGAGCCCACGCGCGACGCCAUCGGAGGUGGCAAGCGUCAACGAGCACAAGGGGUGGAGAGGCCGGUGCAGACAAGACAGACCGUGAAGAGAACAGGUCGGCAUGCAAGCAAGGGACCAUCAAGGGAGACGCAACAUGGGUGCGAAGAGGCGAUAGGAGCGAGCGCACGCAGCCGCUUACACUACUACUAAAGCAGGAACGGGGACAGGAAGUGCGAAUGCGGUGCAGAGGUAAGGUGAGCCGGUUGGCUGACGGGGUGACUCCCCUGCAACACCAGAGUGCGGCGCAACGCAAGGAGGCAGCAGAGCUGCGGUCCCACUCUCGGGCCCCAGCUGAGGCAUGUGGUUCAAUGGGCAGAGAAGUGGGACACGAGCACCAGCAGGAGCGGAAAGAAGAGAUGCUGUUCGGAAUGCCCAAGGACGGAAGGGAACAGGACGAGACAGUACAAGAGGAUGCCGAGGUGCCCGCAGAAGAAAACGAGGUCGCGAGCUCGGAGAGGGUGAUGGCGGCCAAAAAGGAACCGGCCGAGGAGGGCGGCGGGUUGGCCCAUGGGGAUGGGGACAGGGAGAUGCGCUCAGGUAAGACGACCAUACCUGUCUCCGGCGAGGGCGCAGGGAACGGGUGGCUCGUGGAGAAUCGGUCCGUAUCUGAGGGGCAGGCCCCCAGUCCUGGACUAGGCAGGAAGGUUAAAAUAGAGCCAGUUGAGGAAGACGAAAGCCCGCCCCAGGCAGGCGAGCCCGGGGAACCUAUGGCGCAUGGAGUGCAGCGGCAGGAGCGCCCCGGCGGAAAGGCCUCAUGCGCGGAUGGGUCCAAGAAUUGCGCGCCCCCCCAAUCAGAGUACGACAUGCCGAUCAUAGUCGAACGGGAUAAGAGGGAGAGGGGUCCACGGGCACAGCAUCGUCGUGUUAAGCAGGCAAUCCCGGGGCCACCGCAGAGUUCCUCAGCCGAAUGCAUCCCUAUCCCGACCACCUCGGCGGAAUCAAACGAGUCCACAAAGCAACAACAGGCGGUUCGAAUGGAACCUGCCCGGAGUCACCAGCCGCCAGUCGUACGUGAGAGCGAGGGGGAGAACGAGGGCGACUCAGCCCAGGGGAGGCUUAACCGGGAGGAAGUGAACAAGGGCCUGCUGACCGACGAGGUUCUCGAGCCCAAGGACGCAGGCUAUGGGCAGGAGCAGCGGGUGGAGGCUGAAGUCGACGGGCGGAACGAGGCGCAAGGGCAGCAGCAAGAAGAGCAGGGCACCAACGAGAUGACUGGCCUGCAGCAAGACGCGCAGGGAACUAACGAGGAAAUGGAGGACGUACCACAACGGAGACAGGUGUCGCACAAAGGGGGACGCCAGGGGGGUGACGAGGAGACCAAGCUCAAUGCCAGCAAGAUCACCACCCCUUGCCCAUGCUGGAAAGGCCAUCAAGUAUGGGCCCUUACCCAAGGCACACGAGGAGGCGUAGCGAUCCUGGUCUCCCCCUAUUUCAAAGGUAAGGUGGCUGACUGGUUCUUCGACACUCACGGCUAUUGGGCAUGGGUUGUGCUGCAGCACGAGGAGGAAACAUGGGGUGUCCUGACUGUGUAUGGCCCGCCGGAGCUGGGGGCACGUAGGCGCAUGUGGGAGCAGCUAUCAGAGGUCACGCCGCAGAUCAACAACAUUGUCAUUGCUGGCGAUUUCAACACGAUUAUAUCUCCCGAGCUCGACACGGCUGCCAUGCGCCUCGAAGAAGCAGACUCGGAAGCACUGCGAGCUAGCAUGGCCAGUAUGGGGUGCAGCGACUCCUUCAGAGCCCUGCACCCGGAUCUCAGGACAUACACGUUUUGCAGCAGCACCCCGCAGCGACGCAGCCGAAUAGACAUGAUUUGGGCAACGGACCAGAUGAACAUGCGGUGUGAGGAGCAAGGCGAAGAUAUCCAGUCCUCGGCUUUUGCAGACGACACGGGGACCAUCAUCCCACCCCAGACCAGCCAACUGCGUUUCCUGCAGGAGGACCUGGCAACUUUUUGUAAAUAUUCGGGGGCCAGGGUCAACUGGGAGAAAUCCCAUGCCAUCCUACCAGCGGACAUGGACCCGCCAGACAGAUGGGACCUUCCUGCAGCGAAAGAUGGGCGGGCCCGGUUCUUGGGAGUCAGCCUCACCCCCAGUUGGGGAGGUGUCGAACAGAUGGCCAGGCAGGCGGUGGCGGCAACGACGAAGUUAAAGGCAUGGUCCACAGCAGUACAGCUGGGAGUGUUCGGCAAAGCUUUGGUGAUCAAGAACUCCAUCCUGGCCAAAGUAUGGUAUGCAAGAGCCAUACACAUGCCCGGCAGGCGGACCUUUGCGUACUUAUGCCAGGCUAUCCAUGCUUACCUGUGGUCUGACAAUGCAGAUUCUCAGACCUCAAUCUGCUGCGUAGCCUGGAACAAGCUGACCCAGCCGAGAGUUGAAGGGGGAUUGGGCCUUUUAGACCCACGUCUGCAGAUGAAGGCCCUGCAAAUGCGCCACUUGGUAUGGUACUUGCUGAGGACGGUUGGGGAACAAUGGCACGCGCUUACCACUCAGCACCUGGCACAUGCCCUGCAACUCCCACCCGCACUCGUAGAGGUUAAUCUGGCCAGCAGUGGCCUGAUUGGCCACGUGGCACGAGGAACGGUUUGGUCGGUGCCUCUUGGUUUAUGGAAGAAGAUCAGCCUCAUGAAUCGCGAACCCGUGACUGCAGAUGCUGUAUACAACCAACUCCUCUUCGAUAACCGCUUCAUCUGCAAUGACCAGGGGGACUGCUUCUCAUGGCAAGGGAAGCGUGGCGUCUACGGACGGCAAUGGGCAGAGCAAGGGAUCUUCAAGGUGGGCCACCUGUGGAACGAACACACAGGGGAGUGGAAAACUGACGAAGAACUGGCUAGGGAACUUCCACAUCAAGUGCAGCGGUCAUGCAGGUUGGCUGAACUGCGGAAUGCCAUCUCUACCCAAUGGGUGGAUCUACUAAGGCAAGACCAGCUCAAUGCAGGGAAGUGGGUCAAGCUGAAAGGAGAGCAAGCGCCCGCCAACAUCUACAGGGUGGAAGCCAAUGGGCCCGGCAAUGCAGUGCAGGUCACGACGUGGCAAGUUGCCACCAGCCACAGCGGCCUGGGCGAACCGCUGAUCCGAAGCGACCAAGGAGGCCAACUCCCCAGACAUGCGGUGGAAACAGUCUCCGUGGCCCAAGGGAGCAGGCAGGCGCCGGAUUGCAUGGUGUCAUUUAGGAUCUUCGUCCAUCGACACGAUUUGCCCUUCGAUCCGCAGGAUUGGACAUGGCCGAAGCAGCACCAUCAUCAGAAGAAGAUUGCCCUUCAGCAACUGGCUACUAAGCAAAUUUAUCAAUCGCUGCUCCCACACGUGGAUAUCUGGGAAAACCUUCGGGACCGAUGGGCCAAACGGGCCUGGCUCCCGCCGGCCCGCCUGACGAAAUGGACGUGCAAGCGAUGGAAGGGCCAACACGCAACAUGGGCAAGUCUCCCAGAUCAGAAGCAUGUGGGCCUCCUAUGGAUGAUUGCCCAUCUGGCGGUCCCGACAGCGGAAUGGCAGGCGUCGAAGAGCCAGUACCAAGACGCGGAGUGCGCAGCCGGAUGCGGAGCGACCGAAGACCUUCCGCACCUCUUCAUUAGAUGCCCUGUGGUCUGCGCCUUCUGGCACUGGUGGGCAAACGAGAUGGCGGAUAGCUCCCCCUAUGGUAUUACGGAGGACGACAAUACGGGUAUCUUGCUGGGACUCAACAUGGCCCCGCAGAAACCCGGCCACGGGAGCCAGCUGGCAAGCGAGACAGUACGGGCUGAGAUCCUCUGGGCCAUCUGGACAAUUCGGAACGAAUGUGAUAGAGGAAUUUCGCCAGCAUCCCGAACACGCAGGAACCCGAACGGGCCCUCCGAAAGAGGCGCGUGCUCACGAUCCUCGACUGCCGUGACGGCCACCCGUGGGGGGUUUCAAUCGCUCCCGACCGCAAUGUCGGUCACAGCAGCCCAUGCUGGCAGGCACCCCACGUCCAACAAGGGGGGCGACAAUGCCGUCGCCGUCCACCACUGCCCAGACGGGAGCGCAUGACUUCCCCUCCAUUCGCUUCUUGCUCGGCAAUUUCAAGCACUCUUUAACUCUCUUUUCAAAGUUCUUUUCAUCCUUCCCUCGCGGUACUUCUUCGCUAUCGGUCCCUCGCACAUAUUUAGCCUUGGAUGGGACUUACCACCCAAUUGGGGCUGCAUUCCCAAGCAACCCGACUCUUGGACAACACCUCGUUGCGCAGCAGGGUCCGGCGGUCGAUGGGGCUAUCACCCUCUUCGGUGUCCAUUUCCAGGAAACCUGCACAUGACCCGCU